GUCACCGCUUAAGCGACACCGCGGCUCGCCAUCUACGCGACACCGAUUGUCACUACUGAUGCGAACACUCUAGUCACUAUUUUAGCGAAGACUCUGGUCACAACUGAAGAAAAGGUCUAGUCACCGCUUAAGCGAAGACUCUGGCCACUACUUAAGCGAAGACUCUAGUCACUACUUUAGCGAAGACUCUGGUCACUACUUAAGCGAAGGCUCUAUUCACUGGUUAAGAAAAGGCUCUAGUCACUACUUAAGCGACCCCAUCUACUUUUAGGUUGGAUAUAAUUUGGUGCACGAAGAAAUGGAACAUGAUAUUGCGCUUCUCGAGUCUGUGGCGGAUACCCUCUGCUCAGAUACCUUCACGCAUGGCGCGAUCCCCGGGGGAAGUUCCGCGAGUAGCAGACGACGCUUCGAUGAGCUCAUUACGACGAACCCACCACGCGUGGCGAGCCCACCGGCACAUCCCGGUGCUCUACUUGCGCAGGAGCUUGCACGCGCAAUGUCCUCCACGGCACCGAUUACUCUAGGAGGCGGUGGCACUAGCGCCACGCUGCGCGGCCUGUCGCCGACCGCGGGCACGCUUCUGUCCUCGGGGAAUGCGCAUCACAGUCCGACUGGGGGAGGCCUGCCCAAGUACAAUCCUGCGAAGGAAACCUUACGAGGCGAGCUUGGCGCAGCGCUGAACCAUCUGUACACGUCCGAAUCAAUGUUGAUCGCGGUGCACUCGCGCCGCCGACAAGAGGUGCUGCGCGCGAACGUGGAGAGCCGUGAAUUAGACUGCGCUAAGAUUGCUUCGGAAAUCACGGAAUUCCGAAAGGCGCUGGGAAACAUCAAGAGCAAAAACUUGCGCGACCGGGGGACCGCGGAACUCAAAACAUACCGGGAAUGGUAUCUAUAGAAGUUAUACGUAGUACCUAUUGGUGCAUCUGGAUAUGCUGGAAAAGCUUCUUCAUCACUCUGAGGUGGUACUAGGAGCAGCACCACAUUCCAGUCAUUGGUUACACAAGUAUCUUCAUCAGGUUGCAGCGUCAGAUAACACGGAUACGGGAGAUUUUGGACACUCGCUCCUCGAACCUCGAAGAGCAAUCACUUUGCUGUACUCUUCUUCCUAAUCCCUCUGCAAAAUGUAAUUACUUAUGUCGGUGGCAUCAUACGCAUUAGAAUUAGAUCAAAGACUUCGUUGAUGUCGUAAUCGUAAUGAAAAGACCUACGAGGAGAAUUAAUUACUGGACAUCACAAUGUCCUAUUCAUUCUACCCAGCCCUUGUGCUUAUCAACGAAUGAUAAAAAUGAAAAUCAUCCACCUCCUACCUGAUGCUAAACAGGUGUCUGCUUCGAAGCUGAUAGGAGUGUAUUGCUACGGCCGUGCUCGCAUCUUGCUCUUUGCGAGAAGUGCUCCAAGAAGGUGGAGACUUGUCCGAUCUGCAGAUCGCGCAUCACAUCACGCAUAACAGUUAAAAUCAGCUAGCACUUUCACGCAUCACAUGAGUACCUUUAAUAGCCUCUCCAGUCACGACAUAUUUCUAGCAUCUUUUGGUGUCUUCUGAAGCAGACCACAUACUUAGCUUCACAUCUGUUACUUACAACACUCCAACUACCUAUAAUUCCUUUGCACCCGCUGCACCCGAGCGGACUCUAUGGACUAUCGACCCAAAAGAUUCCUUCUUAACAACGGUCCCGGAAAAGAAGCUUCACCCCCAUUCCGAAAAUCGAAAAAUACAAAAUGUUUUCUUGAUGAAAAAAGGCUUUUAUCAAACUGGC